AUGGCGUGCAUAAAUCAAGGCGAACCAAUAACUCCCCGAGUGAAAUUCAGAACCGUGCAAAAAAUUAAAACGCAAAAGUACAUUUCAGACCAGGCGUAUUUAAUCCCAGAAAAUGGCGGCACUGCGGUGUAUUUGAGUUAUGAGCUAAAUAGGACACUCGAAAAUAUUUUUAAUAAGUACUCUAUAAAUGGCUACAUGGGCGUUAACGAGUUUGUUAAAAUGUGCUACGAAUACAACCUGCUGCCGAAAAAUAGGAACAAAAAUAUUUUGUACUACAUUUUCAAGUCGUCCAAACCGUCCGACGUAGGCUACAUAGAAUAUAGGUUCUUCUUCCAACUAUUGCAAAAACUGAGUGGGUACUUAUUUCGCAAAUUAAUCAUGACGGAGCAGGAAAAGCUCAACGUGCUAAUCAAACACCUGACCUCUUUGUGCAACUCGAAGAUGAGCACCCACAAGGAGAAGUACAGCGUGGGAAUACAAGUCUCGGUGAGGAAAGAAAACAAAGGCACCAACGCCGUAUGCGACAUGGUUGACCAGUGCUGUGACACUUCAGUGAAGGUAAAAAAUGUGGCCACAGCGAUCGAGGCAGUGGGCUCUCUAUGGGAUAAGCACAUUAGCCAAGGAGGUGAAUUUCAAAAGCAAAAUGGGGACGUUCCUGACGAAACUAACCAUACGAGUACCCCCCACAUACACAAAGCUACAACCUCAGACGAACAAGAAAUGAAGGAAAGAAUAAAAGAAAUUGAAAAAUUAUAUGUCCACAAAGAAGACAUUAACAAACGGUUGAAGGAGGAAAUAAAUAAUGCCUUGAAAAUCAUCGAGGAGAAAAAUAAGCUGAUCGAAAAUAUGGGCCAAAGUAAUGUACACCAACUGGAGGCAGAAAGGGUAAAAAUUAUUCACCUGAAAAAUGAAAUCCACAAAUUGCACAAUGAAAAAGGAGUGGCCGAUCUAAAGGAGAGUAAGUCCCCCCCCAGUUGCAAAAACGGAGAGGAAGCGCCAUCUCACAGGGAAGACGUAACCACUGCAGACAUGCAACAUAUGAAGUGGAAAAUUUUGGACAAUGAGUAUCUAAAGUUAAAAAGACUUCUAGUCCUUCCUGGGGAGGAAGAGGCAGCGCUGAUCAAAGUUUUCUCCGCAUACAGCACCUACUGUGGCGAAACCGCCGAGUAUGUAAUGAGCAAACGGCUCUGUGCUAACUUUUUGGCGACCUACUAUUUGCUCCGAAGAGAUGGGGAAAGCACAGCGCAGGAGGACUUAGACGUGAGGACGGCGGAGAGGUUGUUCACCGAAGUUUUGUAUAAACGGGCGCACGUGGAAAAGACCAGCCUGGGCGAGGGCGUACUGACCUACUUUUACUUCAAACUGUUCCUGAGCAGACUAGGGAAACACCUGUACCCGCAGCUGGACGAACGGGAGGGCUUCCUAGAGAUUGUAUUAAAUUACGUACUAGUUAUGAAGCGAAAUGAAGACUUCAAAAAUUGGAGGAAAAAAAGCGUAAAGAUAAAAAAAAAAAACAGAAUAAGGAUAGCCUGCUCAGACGACUUGAACCUGUUCGGGGAAGACAUCGUGGGUGGGUACACGAGCAGUGAAAAAGGAACGACAUGCGAUAAAUUGAAGAAGAAAAAGGAAAAGGCUAAGCAGAAUGCCGACAGUAACACGGACAAGUUGCCGUCUGAAGGUGUAAAAAUUGGAAAUUUUCACACGGACCUCUCAUUUGAGUAUAUCGAAUCGAAUGAAACAAAAAAGAAGGUGAAGGAAGCUCGCGAAAAGGGCGCAAAAAAAGCGCGCGAAGAAGAGGUUAGCCAUAACGCUGCUAAUGUUCAAUCGGAUGACCUUGCCCUCGCGGCCAAAAAGAAAAGCGCCUUCAUGCAACCGUCCAAAAUGAAGCAUAACUUGGCGCUAUCGAAAAGACAUUUCCGAAAUGUUACCUCUUCCAACGUGAAGCGAAAUAGCAGUUUGAAAAAUAUCUUUCCUCUCUACGACAUUGAGGGAGAAUUGUGGCACUCUACGUCGGAGAGGAAAAAAACGUUCCUGCCCCAAUUUGGGCGUGAAUAA